AUGGACGGCAAAGACGUACCAGUGGAUGUUAUAUCCCCAGCUUUACCCGUGGAUGAGCUACGAAUACGACGUUCUUAUUCACUUGAAGACUUUGAGAUAUUGGCAACGCUAGGCACGGGCACAUUUGGACGAGUUCGCCUCGUGCAAUUGAAGGAUGGGGGGUCAUUCCAUGCGCUAAAGAUUCUCAAGAAAAGUGAAAUCUUAAGAUUACAACAAUUGCAUCAUAUCAAGUGUGAAGUGGAUAUUCUGAGCAGGAUUAAUCAUCCAUUCAUUGUUAAUUAUCAGGGUCAUUUCCAAGACGAACGAAGACUUUACUUGGUACUUGAGUACGUACAAGGAGGUGAGUUGUUCUCCUACCUAAGACGUCAAGGUCGCUUCCAGGAUCAUGUAGCUUGCUACUAUGCAUCGCAAUUGGUCAUGGCAAUGUCUUAUCUUCACGCUCAACAUAUUAUCUACCGAGACUUGAAACCAGAGAACCUCCUCAUCACAUCAAAAGGAUCUCUCAAAAUCACUGACUUUGGGUUUGCCAAAAUUGUCGAAGACAAGACAUGGACAUUGUGUGGCACACCAGAAUACCUCGCACCUGAGAUUAUUCAGAGCAAAGGACACGGCAAAUCGGUCGAUUGGUGGGCGCUCGGUGUACUCAUCUACGAAAUGCUGGCGGGGUAUCCACCCUUUUACGACGAAAACCCGUUUGGUAUUUACCAGAAGAUUUUGGACGGGAAGGUGGAAUUUCCCAAGCAUAUAGACUCCAAGGCAAAGGACCUCAUUAAAAAGCUUCUAUCGCAAGAUCGUACGAAACGACUGGGUUGCUUACGAGGCGGAUCGGAGGACGUAAAAAAGCAUAAAUAUUUCGCCAAAGUGGACUGGGACGCCGUACUCGCCCGCUCGGAUACGCCGCCGUAUUUGCCACCAGUUGGAGGUCCUGGCGAUCACACGCACUUUGAUGAGUAUCCGGAUUCACCCAUUGACGACGCUGUCGUCUUGUAUGGUGAAGACAGAGCAGCAUUUGACGUGUUUGACCAAUUUUAA